AUGCAGCUUCCAACUGGUGUCAAUCGCAAAUAUGCCGUCUUAGCAGGCUUCGCCCUAGGAUUGGCCUGGCUUUGGUUUGCUUUCGACCGUCCUCAAGUUAUACCUACACAUAUCAUCUGGAAUGCCAAUUCGGGUGGCCCGCAAACGAACAUACCUGCUGCCACCUUAGAUCAACAGGAUGUAUUCGACUUCCCGCAUGUCAAUUCCGAGGUUAUGAGAGCAGUUUGUGCGACACAAACGUGGAACUCGAGCGUCAUAUUUACAUGCGAUAGCAAUCAAGGAGGAGUUGGACAUGUGCGAAACUCCAUACUUAAUUGCGUGCGAUAUGCAAUUGGUGCAGGUGGUAGCUUGGUUAUGCCAAAUAUCAAGCUGAGGGAGGAUAUUCAGGACUUGAACAUGAUGCCCAGCGAGGAAGGGGAGAAAUCUCACAUGGGCAAACGGCAUGGUCUUGGCUGGAAGGGUCUGGAUUAUAUGUUUGAUGCGGAUCACUUCAAGAAAUCUUUGAAGAUGUCAUGUCCUGAAUUGAAUGUCAUCGACCAUAUGGAACAAACAGUCAAUGAGAGAAGACGCGGGCUUCAGCCUGAGAGCUUGUUUAUAAAUCGACCAACAAGCGGAUUGGAACAUCCAGAGGAAUGGCAGGAAAAAUUACAUGGCUGGAUCGAGAAAUGGAUGUCACCAACACCACAAUCGAUACCAAUAGUUGUGGAUCUGGAACAAUCAAAUCUUCAAUACCCAACUCAUGCCGAUGGCCAUGUCUUCGCUCAUGAGUUUGGACAGAUAAUGAAAUUCCGACCCGAUGUUCGUCGCCUUGCAACCUCAACUCUACGCGAAAUUUCAAACUGGUAUGAUGUACCACUUAAUGUCAGCUCCACAAUUGUUACCCCUUCAUUCUUAGGCGUACAUUUGAAGACUGAGCCGGAAGGAAUUGAGAGGCGACAUGUUGCUGCCGCUCCAUUUAUGCAUUACCAUGGUCAAGCCGAAGCAUACAUCGCACUGGCCAAGUCGAUGAAAACACCACUUAUAUACGCCGCCUCGGGUGAUAUUGAUUCUACUCAUAAAUUGGCAGUUGAAGCUAAAACUUAUGGCAUUGAUGUCACCCACAAAGAGGAUCUUCUAAAAAACCACGAGCGAGAAGAGUUGUCUCAUUUGAGAUGGGACCAGAGAGCUUUAAUUGACUACCUGGUGGUCCUGCGGGGAGAAUAUUUUGCUGGUGUAGGCCAUUCGAUGUUCUCGUGGAAUGUAAUGUUGAAGAGACAUGAGUCUGCGCUGUUGAAGCAAAAAUUGCACAAUGAAACCUAUGCUGAUGAUCUGAGUAGUCUCUAUGGUGUUAGAGAGAGUUAUUUGGACUCGGCAAAAUGUAUGUGGGCUUAA